AUGAUUGGCUCACCGUCAUCAACGGUGACUAGCGUAGAAGCAUCAACGGCAUCAGGGGAACCACUCGAAUUGGUUGGCGAAUUCACCUGCCCGGUUACUAUCGGGAAAACUACGAAGGCAUCGGUCUGCUACAUCACAUCAGUUGAAGAUCUGAACGUCAUCGGACUGGACUGGUUGGACGCGUUUGACUUAUGGUCGAAGCCGCUUGCUGCCAACUGCAAACAGGUGAAUCUUUCCAAUUUUUCGCCUUCCUCUGAUCAGCACUUCCUUAAGCAAUAUCCUGAAGUUUUUCAGGAUGGUUUGGGCCACUGCAUGAAGACGAAAAUUUCACUGUCUCUGAAGCCGGAUGCCCAACCCGUUUUCCGACCAAAGCGACCGGUGCCUUUUCAUGCCAUCCAAAAGGUAGAAGAGGAGCUGGAUCUACUCGAGCGGUUGGACAUCAUCUCGCCGGUUGAUUUUUCGGACUGGGCAGCACCCAUCGUCGUUGUCAAGAAACCGGGGGGAAAAGUGCAUGUAUGUGCCGAUUACUCGACUGGGCUCAACGCAGCACUGGAGACCAACAACCAUCCUCUUCCUACCCCGGAGGAGAUCUUCAGCAAGCUAUCCGGCAGUCAAGUUUUCAGCAUAAUCGACCUGUCGGAUGCCUACCUUCAGGUGGAGGUCGAUGACGAAUUCAAGAAGCUGUUGACGAUUAACACCCACCGUGGGUUAUUCCGUUUCAACCGAUUGGCUCCAGGGGUCAAGUCAGCACCCGGUGCAUUCCAGCAGCUAAUGGCGAAAAUGGUUUCGGGUCUACGUGGUGUGGAAGUUUUCCUCGACGAUAUUCUGGUGCACAGCAAGACUCUCGGGGAUCAUAACCGAAUCAUCCACAUGCUUCUCAACCGUCUGCGUGACUAUGGUUUACGCGUGGAGAAGUGCCGAUUCCACCAGGAUCAAAUCAAGUACCUUGGACAUAUCGUUUCUGCUAAAGGUAUCCAACCCGAUCCAGCCAAGAUUGCAGCCAUUUCGGAAAUGCCCACACCAACCGACGUUCCCACCUUGCGCUGGGUGCAGUCAACUUUUACGGCAAAUUCGUCCGCGAGAUGCACCAACUACGCCAUCCGUUAG